AUGAGUUCAAAUGAAAGACGUGGUCAUGAACGAUCGGCAAGUGCUGAAUUUAAUCGUGUUGAUCGAACAGUAAAAAUUCAAAAUGCAGCUGAACGACUUCGUUCUGAAAUGCUUAAUUAUGUAACAAAUCGUUUUGAAGAAUUUUCAUCAGAAAUAAAACAAGCAUCAAAAAUGCCAUCAAUUAAUGAAAUUAUUCAACAACCUAUUGUAUCUCAUAGUGAUUUAGUAUCAAUAAAUAAAGUAGCAAAGGAAGAAUCCUCACAAACAAUAGCAUCAAAACAAAGUGUUGAUAUAAAAAAAAAAUCAUCAGCAUUUCCAACAAAAAUCUUUCGUAUGCGUUCAUCUAUACUUACAGAAUUACUUGAAGUAUCACAUAUACGUUCAAUACGACAGAUAUUUGUUUCUAUACUUGUUUUACUUGUUUUACAAGUUGCAAUUACUGAUCUAUUUGAAAAGGGCAGAGUUGAUUUUCAAUUUGAUGUUAUUCGAUGGAAUUUUUCAAAUUUAUCAGCAUGUUUACGUUUAUGGUUUUUUCUUUUUAUGUCAACAUGUGCUAUUGUUUAUUAUUGUUUUCAUUUUUGGGCAUAUAAACGUCUUUCUUUAAUGUCAAUUAAUUCAUCAAUAGAUACAGAUGAAUUUAAGAAAAAAACGACUAGUUUAAUGAUUUUUGAUUGGCUUUGGUUAUCUGCAUAUUGUUGUUAUUUUGGAUUAUUUUUAUAUAUUCCAGUACAUAUUAUUCUUGAAGAAAAUUAUCCAAUUGUUACACGAAUGAUUAUUCUUAUAGAACAAGUUCGAUUUCUUAUGAAAUCUCAUGCAUUUGUACGAGAAAAUGCACCACAUGCUAUACUUUAUGGUCAAAUUUAUUCCCAACGAAUUAAAGUAGAAGAUAUUAUUGAAAAUAAAUCAAAUGAUUCACUAAAUGAACAAAAAAAUUCUUUUAUACCACAUACACCAUGUCCAGAAUUUUCUAAAUUUCUUUAUUUUCUAUUUGCUCCAACACUUAUUUAUCGUGAUUCAUAUCCAAGAACAUCAUCUGUACGAUGGAAAUUUGUUAUUUCACAAUUAGUACAAUUUGCAACAACAUCUUUAUUUGCAUAUUAUUUAUUUUAUCGAUUUUGUUUACCUGUAUUUCGUCAUUUUAAUUCUGAACAUGUUACAUUAAAAAUAUUUGUUCUCUCAAUUCUUAAUUGUACUUUACCAGGUGCACUACUUCUAUUUUGUACAUUUUAUGGUUUUCUUCAUUGUUGGUUGAAUGCAUUUGCUGAAAUGCUUCGUUUUGCUGAUCGACAAUUCUAUAGUGAUUGGUGGACAGCAACAUCAUGGAGUAGUUAUUAUCGAACAUGGAAUAUUGUUGUUCAUGAUUGGCUUUAUACAUAUGUUUAUCGUGAUUGUCAUAAAUUACUUGGUGUUAAAUAUCGAUUGGUUUCAAUGUAUGCAGUUAUUUUUCUUAGUGCAUGUGUUCAUGAAUAUAUUAUAUCAUUAGCAUUUGGUUAUUUUUAUCCUAUACUUUUUAUUCAAUUUGCUAUUCUUGGAUUUAUUUCAAUGCUUAUUUUACCUCAACGUACACAAAACAAUGCAUUUAAUGUUUUUAUAUGGGCAUCAUUAUUUGUUGGACUUGGUAUGCAAAUGUGUUUAUAUUCAAUUGAAUGGUAUGCUCGACAAAAUUGUCCACGUUCAGUAAAUGGUCCAUUGGAUUAUUUUAUACCUCGAUCAUUUUUUUGUCGUGAAAAUGAUAUUGUUAAACCUUCCAUAUCAAAUAAUAUACCAAAUUUUUUACAUGAUUUAUAA